UCUCUGAAGGAUUCUCUCUCUAGAAUUCAUCAACUAAAGAGAGCUUUUCUCGUGCGAUAUUUUGUUGUUGUCGUCGUUGGUUUACAUUCUCUGGACUCCUUUUUCCCAUUUCGACAGCUCUCUCAUCUCUCUAUCUCUCUCUUUCUGAAGCGCUUGUUCACGACUCUCUGCUUCUCUUCCCUUCGCAUUUCGCUCCAACGUCGGGGAAUUACGCCAGUCGAGCUCCGUAUGCUGGACUCUUUCCUUUCUUGGUGACGAAGGAGCAAGACCCAUAUGGGAAUUGUCUUUCAAUUCCUUCGGAUCAUCGAGAUUGGAAGGGAUUCUCUUCAAAGGGGUUCUGCUUUGAGACGGGGGUUCUGCUUUAGAGGGCGGGUGCCAUUUCACCUUGGGCUACAUAGAUCUAUCUGCUGUUUGUCUUGGGCGUGCGCUUUUUCGGCCUUCUCCUUUUAGUUGGUUCAGACAUAGGAGCAAAGGGUGUGAAAUCUUUAAUUAUUAGGCUGAAAGAGACGAGCUUUGCGGCCAUGCAGAGACACUCUGUUGUGCAACAGUGAGCUUAGGAUGGAUGUGCUUCAGUUUGCUGCUUCCAGUUCAUUCUGUGUGAAUCAGUGCGGUGAUCGAGAUUUCAGAUACAUUGUGAUGACUUGGUUCGAAGUCUGUAAUUUGUGAUGAUGAAUGAACUGGUGGAUUGGCGGAUUAGUCGCUGCUUUAAGCUGUCAAUGGAAGAGGUACUUUAGAAGAUGUUGGUGAAAAACUAGCAGAUUAAUCCCCAGUGUUCAAUACCCGCUUCGUGUGAACUUCCUCCCGGUAGUUGGUGACGGAUUCGACUAGGGAAAACAGCGAGUGUGGCUGUCUGGCUGGUCUGGAGUGCUUGCUGAACAUCAUCAGGGCGCUGAAAGGGGGCUCUUGCUUGCCGGCAGAAAGCAGGAGCCCCGUCCCUGGCUCGCCGGCGACAACUAGGACAUCCUCAAAGAAAGGACCUGAUGGACCAUUGCACAAGGUUCCAGGGAGGAUGUUCUUGAACGGUUCCAGCGAGGUCGCCUCUCUUUUCACUCUUCAAGGAAAGAAAGGGACCAACCAGGAUGCCAUGAUUGUCUGGGAGAACUUCGGGUCCAGGACAGACACGAUAUUCUGUGGUGUCUUUGAUGGACACGGUCCAUAUGGUCAUUUGGUGGCAAGGAGAGUCAGGGAUUCUCUUCCAAUGAAAGUGGGUGCUAACUGGAAAGUCAACCUAAACAGUGAAGACGUCCUCAGAGAGAUCAGCAUCAACACCACGGGAAGCAUGUCUCCUGGAGCGACUGCCUUUAUAUCUGCUGGUGAAGAACCGAGGGCCUCUGCUGAGCUCGAGGAAACUGAAAAGCAGGUGGAGAUCUUCCAAGCGCUGAAAGAAUCAUUUUUCAAGGCUUUUAAAGCCAUGGAUAGAGAACUCAGAAUGCAAAGGAAAAUUGAUUGCUUCUGCAGUGGCACUACCGCAGUUACAUUAGUCAAACAGGGUCAUUAUGUUGUCAUCGGUAAUGUGGGAGACUCCAGAGCUGUCCUCGGUACACGAGAUAAAGAUGGCUAUCUUAUUGCAGUUCAGUUGACCGUGGAUCUAAAACCCAGCAUUCCAGCGGAAGCAGAGAGGAUUCGCAGAUGCAGGGGGAGAGUUUUUGCACUUAAGGAUGAACCAGAAGUUGUCAGGGUUUGGUUGCCAAACAAUAACUCUCCUGGCCUCGCAAUGGCUCGGGCUUUUGGAGAUUUCUGCCUUAAAAAUUUUGGUCUAAUCUCUGUGCCUGAUUUGUCAUGUCUCUGCCUAAGUGAGAAAGAUGAAUUUAUUGUCUUGGCUACUGAUGGGAUCUGGGAUGUGCUGUCUAACAGGGAGGUGGUAGAAAUUGUUGCAUCGGCCCCUGCACGUUCCUCUGCAUCAAGAGCACUGGUUGAGUAUGCUGUUAGAGCUUGGAGGCACAAGUACCCUACUUCCAAAGUUGAUGACUGCGCUGCUGUCUGCCUCUUCCUUGAUAUGAGCAACUCAUCUGCUGCUUCCAGUGCAAAGUCCCACGAGCACCUUGCUUCUGUGGAUGAUCAAUCUGAUACGAUCAGUGAGAAAGAUCUGCAGGUCUCAAGACCAAUCCAAAGUGACUCGGAGAUCGCGACUGAAGAAAGCAAUGAAGAUGCAGCAAAGCUGGAAGAAAUGCAGUCAGAAUCAGAAACGGACUGGUCUGCGCUAGAAGGAGUGUCACGUGUGAACACUCUAUUAAAUCUUCCCGUGUUUGUGCCAGUGCGGGAGAGCAAAAGGAAGGAUGCUGGAGAGAGGAGCCAUAUGUAAUCAAGCGCAAGGAAUGUGUGCACCUGUGCUUUUUGUUGACUUAAGUUUCAUCUGAAUAAAACUCUGUAAUCUUUUUUUGUUCUUUUUAGUCACAGAGAUGAUUCUUGGGAGUGUCCAUUAGUGUUGUUAGUUUGUUCCUGGGAGGUGGCCCAGGCUGUAUUAGAAUGUCUGGGGGAUUUUUGCUCUCUGAUGUAUACUACAUAUCAAUUUUUGCAACCACCGUGUCAAUUGUCAUUCUUUGAGAAUUAUGUAUUACAAUGCUUGACAUGAAUGUGGUAGUGUUCAUCUCAGUCA